AUGGGGCCUUGGAGCUACUCCACGUCCUAUACAAGAGCUGAGCGCUACGAGAGGGUGCUAGCAGCGUCUCAGUUGUCCCUGGAUCUGGCUGCACUGCCAAGUGGCGAUCGUACUGAGAUCGGUGAACGUGGCUUCAAUUUGAGUGGAGGGCAGAAAGCCCGAGUGAGUGUCGCUACAGCUUUAUAUCGCGAGUCUGCAGACAUUCUGCUACUAGAUGACCCGUUAAGCGCAGUGGAUCCGCACGUAGCGCACGCCAUCUUCGAGCAGUGCAUUCUGGGUCUAGCCCAACACAAGACGCGUGUUCUGGCGGUAAACAGCCAUUAUGAUCUGCUGGUCCAUGCUGAUAAAGUUGUGGUUGUACAGAGCGGACGCAUUGCUAGUGAAGGGAACUACACGGAAACAAUUGCUCGGUUCCCAGGGUUAGCUUCCAAAGCGUCAAAGGAAGACUAUCAUGUCGAAAACGAGGACAAACAGCAAGCAUCAACGUCUAAUCAAGAGAAUCAGAUCGAUUCCUCUUCUCCUGUUGACACUAGCGACGCGAAAGCUGGAAACCAAUUGAUGGAGAAGGAGGACCGGGUGAAAGGAAGAGUGAUGGGAUACACCUACAAGACUUAUCUGGACGAGACUGGUUUUACUGCUUUUACGGUGGUGGUGAUCGUCGUUACGGGGUACACCGUAAGUCAAGGACUCCUCGUUCUCGUGAACUGGUGGCAAGCGGAUUGGGCUGACAAUAUGCGUCAUCCUAAUGCAUCCUAUUCGGCCUCGUGGUUCGGUUUGUGGUACUUUGGGCUCAUCGCUUUCGGUGCAGUUGCAACAAUCUGUCGUUGCGUUAUUGUGAUGUCGCUACUGCUACGAAGCUCCGAGAACCUGCACGACGAGCUCUUUCGACGCGUACUUGCUGCCCCAGUGACCACAUACUUCGACGUGACACCUGUGGGGCGUAUUCUCAACCGCUUCUCCAACGAUCUGGACCAAAUGGACUCGUUACUACCUCAGCAAUGGCAGAAUUUUGUGCAGAGUAUCUCAUUAAGUGUCGGCGGCUUCAUCGUCUGUGCGCUGGCGUCGUACUGGAUUGGACUCUUUUAUAUUCCAGUGAUAGCUGCACUGGCUGUGACGGGUUUCUACUUCAAGAAAACCUCUCGAGAAGUCAAGCGCCUCGAGAGAAUUUCAAGAUCCCCCGUGUAUAAUUUACUGGGCGAGACGUUAAACGGUGUACAGACCAUCCGCGCUUUCAAGAUGCAGUCGAGAUUCGAGCAGAUGAACGCGGAUGCUGUGGAUGAGAACGCGUCGUUCUUCUUUGUCUACUGGGCAGCAGGUCGGUGGUUGGCGGUGCGUCUGGAUACGCUCUCUGUCGUGGUCAUUUUUGUGGUAUCGCUCUACUUGGUGGCGACAAAAGGACAGCUCGGCACCUUACUCUCGGGUAUUUCGCUUGUAUACGCGCUCAUGUUGACGUCGAUGGUGCAGUCUUCGGUGCGUGAUGUGGACCGCACAGACAGCGCCAUGACGAGUGUCGAGCGUAUUCUGCACUUCCGUGAGAUCCCGCAAGAGGAAGACUCUCUGGACGCGUCUCCCGUCAACAAUACCUUGUGGCCGUCACAAGGUGCUAUCAGAUUCGACAAUCUGCAGCUCAAGUAUCGCCCGGAACUACCUCUUGUACUUUGCGGUGUGACUAUGAGCGUCGGUGGCGGCGAAAAGUUGGGGAUAUGCGGACGUACUGGUGCCGUCUUGAAGCAGGUUCAUCUCGCAAACGCUGUUUCCAGUUGGGGCUCUGGUUUGCAGCUCAUUCUCUCAGAAAAGGGAGACAAUCUGUCGGUAGGACAGCGUCAACUCGUGUGUAUCGGUCGUGCGCUGCUUAAGAACAGCAAGAUCGUCGUGCUGGAUGAGGCCACCGCCAAUGUGGACACGGCCACCGACGCGCUCAUCCAGGCCACCAUCCGCCAGACGUUCGCCGACAAGACUGUGCUGACCAUUGCGCACCGCAUCAACACGAUCAUGCAUUGCAAUAAGAUUGCUGUCAUAGACGCAGGCUAG